AUGACGGGCAAGAGAUGGGUGGUAGUAAGUCUUGUCUUGUUUAGAGUAGCAGGAAUGUGGUGUAAGGGAAGUGGAAGGUUGGCAACGGCGCGGCCAAGCAGUAGCCAAGCAAGACUUGUCGUCAAAGAUCGGCGGGUGGAGCAGACGUCAUUGGCCGAAGCGUCUGCGUCGGCCGGACCCCGGGUGUGGACAUUGCUGCUAGUGGGUCCGUCCAGUGUCCCACCUUCCUUCUUUUUUGCCCUGGUCGUCCGCCGUCGCCCUCAACCUUUCGGGCAGUGGAGACUUCACCUUUCACCACUAUUAUGUGCAACUUGGCGUUCCUGGUCUGUGCCGGGGCGCGGACACCAUGCCGUCAAGGCAGAAGCCACGGAUCCCAAACAAGAGUGUGGAAGGCUAGCCGCCAAAUCUGAAGCCAUUCAGCAACUUUUUGGAACUGCUACCUCCCAGGUCCCUUCGUCUUUGAGGGCCAUCAUUGGUUUGAUCCUCAUAUUAGUGGGAAUACUGUCCAAAUCGUGA